AUGACGGGUCUUGCGCCCUCUAAUGUGGUCAUCGUCCACCCCGAUCUUGGCAUCGGUGGUGCUGAGCGACUUAUCAUUGAUGUGGCACUAGCUCUUCAGAACCGCGGCCACCGCGUGACGAUCUACACAUCCCACCGCGACACGAACCACUGCUUCGACGAAGCUCGCGAUGGCACACUGGAUGUCCGCGUCCGCGGCAACACCAUAUUCCCAGCGCAUGUUUUCGGUCGCCUUCACAUUUUCAUGGCCGCCUUGCGACAACUACAUUUGACUGUGUCGCUUUUGUCAGAACUGGGGUCGAGGGAUACAUUCAACGGUACGACAUCGGACAACAAAACAGCGGAAAAGGACCAAGACCAGGACGAUAUCUUUAUUGUCGACCAACUGCCCGCAUGCGUGCCUUUCCUUAAAACCUUUGGCCGCCCACAAAAGUCCUACCGCCAACGGAUUCUAUUCUAUUGCCAUUUCCCAGAUCAAUUGCUUGCGCGCCGUGACGAAGGUAGCUCCCUUCUUCGACUAGCCAAGCACCUUUACAGAUUUCCAUUCGAUUGGUUUGAGGGUUGGGCUUUGAGCGCGUCGGAUAGAGUUGUUGCAAAUUCAAAGUUCUCGCGUGGGGUUGUGCGCCAGGUCUUUGGGGCGGAUAAGCUGGGAGAUGUCGAGGUUGUUUAUCCGUGCGUUGACACCGACGAGAAAGCUAUCGCACCGGAAGCGAAAUCGGCGGGGCCUCUUUGGGGCGGAAAGAAGAUCUUGCUGAGCAUCAAUCGCUUCGAGCGGAAGAAGGAUAUGGCUCUGGCGAUUCGAGCAUACAAUGGCCUGGGUGCGGAGAAGAGGAAAGGAACUCGGUUGGUAAUUGCUGGCGGUUAUGACAAUCGUGUCCAAGAAAACGUCCAGUACCACCAAGAGCUCGACACCCUUGCAUCUAGCCUCGGACUGCAGACCGCAACCGCGAAGACUGUUGUCUCUGCCCUUUCCAUACCCGAUGAUAUCGAUGUUUUCUUCUUGCUCUCCGUCCCUACAUCUUUUAAAGACACCCUACUAGUACAGUCAAAGCUGCUCCUCUAUACCCCGAUCAAUGAGCACUUUGGCAUUGUGCCCGUCGAGGCGAUGCGUGUCGGACUCCCUGUUCUAGCUUCCAACACUGGCGGUCCAUUGGAAACAAUCGUCGAGGGCGAAACGGGCUGGCUCCGGGACGCACAUGCCGUCGAUGAGUGGACUGCUGUGAUGGACAAAGUUCUAAAUGGACUGAGUUUGCAGCAAGUGGAAAAGAUGGCGGCAGCUGGUAAACUAAGAGCCGAUAGUGAGUUCUCACUCACGGCUAUGGGCGAUCGGCUGGAAGAAGAGAUCUCCACCAUGCUCUCAGCAGAGCGUCGUCCGUUUGAUGGUUGGAUGCAGGUGUGUGUUGGGCUUGCUCUCAUCGUGGCAUUGCUUGCAAACAUCGGCUUGUUUGUGUACCACAUGACUGCUUGA